AUGAAAUUCCCAAAACUACGAAAAAGAACUGUGUAUUGGGCUGUUUUGACGGUUUUUGCACUUUUCACUAUACACUUUGUAUUCCAAUAUAAGGAGCACAACAGCCACCGAGUACAGCCUAUCGUAUUGAUACCGAAAGCUUUUCCGUCUUUAAUUCUAAAUUCUUUUGACACUCAAAAUGAAGAACUUGUCCCCAUAAAGCUACUAAAAAAUUGCCAAAUUAUACGCUCCUAUCAUACUGGAUAUGAAGAGAACACGAAGUUGCUAGGACAAGAACCCCAGUCCAACUUUCACAAGUUUAAUUUCACAGUGUUCAGCUCAAUGAAGCCAAUCGGACUUGAUCUCAAACAAUGUCAACUACUAAGCUCAUCAUCACAAGUAGAGGUCAACGAUGCAGUUAACAUGGAUGCUUCAUUACACGAUAUACUUGGCAAAUUAUUACAAGAUAUACGGCAUGGGAAGUUGGAAUAUUUGCAAGAAAUAGCACCAUUUUUUCUCCCAGAAUUACAAUUACAGCUAAAUUUAAACAUUGUUGACCGAUUUUGGUAUCGGUUCUCAGGGAGCUCGAUAUGGUUGGAUCAGUAUAAUAUGUAUUUCAUGAUUUCUCGAAUUGCUUAUUCACCACAUGGAGUUAAGAACCAACCAGUUGUCUCCUUAACUUAUGGCCAAUUAUUUGAUCGAAACUGGAAUGAAGUCAAAAAUAUCAAUUUGUUAGUUCCCAGUAAUGACCCUUCAAAGAACGGUGGACAUGAUUCUUUUAGGAUCAUCUCAUUCCCGUAUUUUUUACCGAUUCCAUUCUGGCACGAUAUCGAUAACACCGAUGGAAAUUACUUCGGACCAGAGGAUCCACGAUUGAUACUAGUGAGGAACAAGCAGGGAUAUGAAGAACCAUUACUUAUAUUCAACUCAUACCACAGGAAAUUUGUGCAUUAUGAUGAUGAUGAAGAUUCUAUUAUGGGGCAAACUGUCAAAUUUCAGAGAUCGAUGUUUAUGUGCUGGCCAUGGCAGUAUCAAAUGGGGAAACUGAAUGUUGAAGGUACAAGCAACCCUGAGUAUGACAACAAAGUGUAUAACAGAGUGAUCGAGUUAAAGGUGAAGCUUUUGGCGGAUAUGAAGAGUCAGAAGAAUUGGACUCCGUUUAUUAGUGAGGAUAGUACAAACAAGUUUGAUUCCUAUAUUUAUUUUGUGUAUCGGUGGGCAAAUUUGGAUGUUUUGAAAUGCAGCCUACUUGGGGAUGUCGCAGGUGACUGUGUUUUUGAUUAUAGAUUAGACGAAACGCUAGUGCCGCAGAACAAAGUAGGCCCAUUACGAGGAGGCACCCAAUUGGUUAAUCUCCGCCAAGUUAUUCCUAGAUCAGUCUAUCACCGCUUGCUACCUUCUCAUCGUGAGAUAUUUAUUGGGUUUGCUCGUACUCAUUUAGAUAACUGUGGUUGUGGUAAAGUUAUGUAUCGUCCGAAUUUGGUAAUCCUCGUUAAAGAUGCAGCCGACAAAACGUACUAUAAGAUCAGUCACAUAUCGCUGUCGUUGUCUUUUGAUGUGCCAAUAAUCGGAUGGAAUGUGUACAAACCUGAUGACUUGUGUUUUGAUUCCAAUGUUUUAAUACCUUAUAGUGUAUCGAAUUGGAAUAUCACAUCUUUGGAGUUAGAUAUAGAGGGUGGAAGAUGGGUCUCCAAUGACCAAUUGACAUUGACAUUGUCAAUUAGCGACUCGACAGUACAUAGACUUGAUAUCAGGGGUUUGUUUCAAUCAAUUUUAGAUUUGGCUGACCGGAGUUUGUUUAUCCCGGUUGACAGGGAAACUAGGGUAAUUGAUGAAUUUCAAAAUGGUUUACAAAACCCAGGCAGUAAUCCUCUUAACCAGGAUGUGAAUCUGCUAGGAGUCAAUAACGAUAACAUAGUAUGUGCUUUGGAUGCAUCUGUUGAAUUCUGUUUUGAGUAUGGGGCUAAGUUUAGCAUCCCCAAACAAGAGGAGUUCUACGAGGUUGAGCAACAAGAAUUCAACGAAGAGCUAAUUGAUCCUAAGAAACACCAGUAUUUCAAAAUCUUGGGUAAGUAUUUAUAUGAUCAUGCUCUGGUUAAUAGUUAG